GGCGGGCUUGGGGGAGGGGUGUGACCCGGCCAGGGAAAGAGUCACAAAAUUACUGUGCCCCAGGUAUGGAAAAGACUCAAGCGGAGCUUCAAGAAUUUAUUACCUCCAAUUUCUGCUUACCGACCCUCAGAAACAAAGAAGCCACCACCCUUCGCGGCUCACGGGAUCACCAUACUGCUUUUACUACCAGAAGCCUUUUCCCUGGGACUGCGAGAUCCCGCCCCUCGACGUUGCGGAGCGUCGGGCAGGGCAAGGUCCCGCCUCUUUGCCCUUUAAGGCCUCGUAAGUUGCACGAGCAGUGCCCCAUCAGGACUUCCAGGUCAUAAUGAAGGUUCUUUUACUAAAAGAUGCAAAGGAAGAUGAUUGUGGCCAGGAUCCAUAUAUCAGGGAAUUAGGAUUGUAUGGCCUUGAAGCCACAUUGAUCCCAGUGUUAUCAUUUGAGUUUCUGUCUCUCUCCAGCUUCUGUGAGAAGCUGUCUCGUCCAGAAGAUUACGGGGGACUCAUUUUUACCAGUCCCAGAGCAGUGGAAGCCGUGGAGCUGUGUUUGGAGAAAGACAAUAAAACUGAAGACUGGGAAAAGUCUCUGAAAGACAAAUGGAGCACUAAGUCAGUGUACGUGGUCGGAAAGGCUACUGCUUCUCUAGUUAAAAAAAUUGGCCUAGAUUUUGAAGGAGAAAACUGUGGAAAUGCAGAAAAACUUGCAGAAUAUAUUUCUUCCAGGGAGUCACCAGCACUGCCUCUUCUGUUUCCCUGUGGAACCCUCAAAAGAGAAGUCCUGCCGAAUAUGCUCAAGGACAAAGGGAUUCCCAUGGAAAGUAUAACUGUCUAUCAGACUAUUCCACAUCCAGAAAUCCAAGGGAACCUACACAGCUACUACUCCAAGCAGGGCAUCCCAGCCUGUGUCACAUUUUUCAGUCCCUCUGGUCUUAGGUACAGUCUCAAGCACAUUCAAGAGUUAUCUGGUGACAGCAUCGAUCAAAUUAAGCUGGCAGCUAUUGGCCCCACCACAGCUCGCGCUCUGGCCGCCGAGGGCCUGCUUGUGAGCUGCACUGCAGAGAGCCCCACGCCGCAAGCCCUGGCCUCUGGGAUCAGAGGGGCCCUACAGCCCCACUGCUGCUGCUGAGUCAUUUGCGGCCUUCACCACUGCAACACUCUGGGGUCCCAUCCUGCCCUGCACACUGCUGCCUCUGGGCUGGAGCCCAGCAUCGGGCAGGGGCUC